UUGGAUCAAGAGUUUCCGGCCUUCAGCUACACCGAGUUCGUCGCAGCCACCUUCGACCGGAGCCGCCAUUCCACGGAAGCUGUUUGCCGGGCAGCCUUCCGAUGUUUCGACAAGGACAACUCCGGCCAGCUGGAGCCUGCCGAGCUCGUGGAUGGCUACCUACUCGGGAAGCUGGAGCCGGAGGAGGCGAGGGUUGAGGGUUUAGGGUUUAGGGCUUAG